UCGCAGUCACCUGAGCUCGGGGGAGGGCGGCGGCGCGGCUGCGGAUAAUCAGCGCCCUCCGUGGGUUUCCUGCUCGGCGACGGCGUCCCCUUCCUCCUGCGCGCCCGCGCCUCCCGCCCCAGCCUCCCAGCGGGCCUGUCCUUUCCCUCCGGUCCCGUCCCAGUCUCGGGCCGAGCCGGGCCCUCCAGGCGCGGUCCCUGACCAUGGCGUCCCUCUUCAAGAAGAAAACGGUGGACGAUGUAAUAAAGGAACAAAAUCGAGAGUUACGAGGUACACAGAGGGCUAUAGUCAGAGAUCGAGCAGCUUUAGAGAAACAAGAAAAACAGCUGGAAUUAGAAAUUAAGAAGAUGGCCAAGAUUGGUAAUAAAGAAGCUUGCAGGGUUCUAGCCAAGCAGCUUGUACAUCUACGGAAACAGAAAACUAGAACUUUUGCUGUAAGUUCCAAAGUGACUUCUAUGUCCACACAAACAAAAGUAAUGAACUCCCAGAUGAAGAUGGCUGGAGCAAUGUCUACCACAGCAAAGACAAUGCAGGCAGUGAACAAGAAGAUGGAUCCACAGAAGACACUGCAGACAAUGCAGAAUUUCCAGAAGGAAAACAUGAAAAUGGAAAUGACUGAAGAAAUGAUAAAUGACACGCUUGAUGAUAUCUUUGAUGGCUCUGAUGAUGAAGAAGAAAGCCAGGAUAUUGUGAAUCAAGUUCUUGAUGAAAUUGGAAUUGAAAUUUCUGGAAAGAUGGCCAAAGCUCCAUCAGCUGCCCGAAGCUUACCAUCUGCCUCCACUUCAAAAUCUACAAUCUCUGAUGAAGAAAUCGAAAGGCAACUUAAAGCUUUAGGUGUAGAUUAGUCAAAAAGCCAUAAUAUUUUCACUUACUUCUUUAGUGUAAAGGUAAAACAGAGUGCUGAUUCGCAUUAUUUUGUAAAAAUGGAGACCAGGAGUGAACAGUUGGUUCCUUACCCAUGGCUAUUUUGAGUCUUUUGCCAAAGAAUGACAAUGAUGCAAAAAUGGGAACAGUUUGGAUUUAAUUAGAACUAUUUAGGAGUGAUGAUGUGUAAAAAGUUGACUCUUCCCUGCAUGGCAUAGAGUAAUCAUAUUCAUUACUUAGUGUGAGUUUAUGUUCUAAAUCUUUUUUUACAUUGAAUACAAAAUUCAUAGGCGCCAAUUUAAAGAGACUCGUAAAAAUAUUCGAAGUAUAUCAUUAAUUCUGUAUCUGUUGCUUGUCCUUUGUAAAUGAUUAUGUGUUAUGACAAUAGGCGGUUCAGCUGCCAAAUUAUUUUUAAAUGAUCUAAAAGAAGAGUGCUAUAUAAACAUCUGUCUUAAAAACUGUCA